GGAUCGGAGCUUUCAGCGUCACUUCGGAGACAACAAAACCGAGACGCUCGGGCCAAACCCAACGAAACCCACUCGGAAAACAUGUCAGAACCCAAAUACCGCGACUGGAUUUUGGAGACUAUCGAUUCGCUGCGGUCUCGAAAAGCCAGACCGGACCUUGAGAGGAUAUGUCGAAUGGUCCGAAGGAGACACGGGUCAGACCCAGAUCGCACCCGUGCAGAACUGGAGAAACUGAUCCAAGAACAGACAGUGCUUAAAGUUAGCUACAAGGGCUCGAUUUCCUACCGGAACGCCGCGAAAGUGCAAAGGAAAAGCCGAAAAAAGAGUGAGCUCACGCCCGACCGCAGUAGCGGCAGCGGCGAGUCACUGGGCGAACAAGCCAAACACGCCACUUUCAACAACAACGGCGACAGCGCGCACAGCCUCACGGACCAAGAGGAGUUUGGAGACAAGGACCCCGACUCCACGGAGGCGAGGCAGAACCUUGACCCCCACCCCCCGGCCCAAGCCCAAGCCCCAGCCCCAGUCACUGUGUCGGAGAAGAGCGAAACGGUUUUGCCUCAGACUAGCGGAAACAGUUGUGUCAGUUGUGGCGCAACGGACUGCACUGUCGGGAGCGGCUGUGGCGUGAAAGCAAGUGCACCGAAAGACAAGAGAUUAAUGCCACAAGCUGGAGGGAACUGCAACUCGGCCGACUGCUCGAAAGACAUGAAGAAGGACGACGUGUGUGAUGCCGCGAGUCAACACAACACCAAGUCAACAGCAGCAGCGCGAGAGGAGACGCACUCGCCUAGCCGCGAGGACAACGGAGAUAAGGCAAAGAAAACUUGCACGAGUGCUAGUUCGAGCAGCAGCAGUGGCGGCGGCGGUGGUGAUGUCGGCAACAAUAAUCACCUCAGCCGAAAACUGCAACCGACGCUCAAACCCAAACUCCGCGCCGCUGUCGGCCCAACGAAGGGGCCGAGCGAGGGCGAAGCAUCGGACCAAGCCAGCGCCGAUUUGGGUGACCGGCUGGUGGAGUCCGUACGAAGUCUGACGGAGCGGAGUCGGGCGUCCGCCGCAACACCACGGGCCCCCACGCCGCUAGGUCUGAAGGAGAUCCUCGGCUACCUCAGCACGCAGAGCGGCCUCGGCGAGGAGAAGCUGACCCGCAGCCGAGUCAAAGCCGUGCUGGAGCGAGAGGUGGCGAGGGGUCGCCUCCGACGGACCCACCUCGGCCACAUCGCCCUGCCUACGAGGGGGAUGGGGGCCGCCAAGCCACCCGCGAGACUUCUGAAGAGCGCACUGCAGGACAGACAGCUCGCGAAGAAGGUGGAGCCGAAACGAGAGGAACAGACGAUGGAGGUGGACAGCAAAGUGAAGGCACAGAAAAAGGAUGACAAGGAAGAGGAGAAGAAAGAGAAGGAGAAAGAGAGGGAGGUGAAGAGUGAAAGGAAGGCAGAGGGAGAUGAGCAGGUGCCACAGGCGAAGGUCAAGGGUCAUGCCGAUGCUACAGUGGCGAAAGCAGUGCCACCCCCCUCCUCUCCCACCACCACCCCGACCCCAACCACCCUGAACCACACUGUCAAGACAGAGGCCCAGCUGAGUGAUGAAGUGGUGGAGCAAAGUGUGUCUCAGGUGGAGGAGGAAGAAAAAAUGGACACAACUGACCAGCAACCCCCAGACACACAGGAUCCAGUGGUCAUGGUGUCUGAUGCCCCGUGCCUCACUUCCUCUGUUGCCAGUAAGAGCUGUUCGGACUGUAAGAUGGAGGUGGGCGUCUCGUCCUGCCUGCUGACCCCGACGGCGUCUCCCAGAGACCUGGGGCCCUCCGAGGAACGAGGGAUGAAUGGAGGAGCGUUUGUGAAAGUGGAGAGUGGCAGCAUGAACCCAGUGGAAUGGACUGUAGCGGACGUGGUCAACUACUUCACCUCAGUGGGCUUCCCAGAGCAGGCACUGGCCUUCAGGACGCAGGAGAUAGAUGGCAAGUCGCUCCUCCUGAUGCAGCGGAAUGACGUCCUCACCGGCCUCUCCAUCCGACUCGGCCCCGCUCUGAAGAUCUACGAGCGGCACGUGAAGGUUCUGCAGAAGACGCACUUCCAGGACGAAGGCGCUUUCUGCUGAUGAGGACAAUGCACACACACACACACACACACACACACACACACACACACACACACACACACGCGCGCACACAUGCUCACACACACGCGCACACACACAAAUACAUGCUUGUAAAGACAUGUUUGACAUAAUCUCUUACAUGCAAUCAUGCAUGCACUGACUCAUCGCCAUACAUACUUUACACUCAUAGCUUUGCUUAUUUGUAUUAUACUCAUACUGACACAUGGACCUUUGACAACAAGUAUGUAUGUAUGGAUUCCAGUGCACAUUUAUGAACUGACACAUACACACAUGACAUACACACACGACAUACACACACACACACACACACACACACACACACACACACACACACACACACACAGAGAGAGAGGAACAUUUCUAGCAUUCACUCUGGACUUCUCCAAUAUAAUGGACCCUGUCAAGAAAAAGGAUACUCAUAAUUACAAAAAUAUUCUUUCGGCAGAUCCUUGAAAAAUUUUUUUUUUUUUUUACAGUGGAUUGAUUGUAUUGGAUUGCAUCGUGGAUUGCUGCGGAGGAUUUACGAACCAGUUGGAAUAAAGGAAAGAAACUGUUUUCUCUUUGUCACGUACGGAUUAACAACACAAAGCCUGCGAAGAAUAAUAAUAAUUGAUGGAUUACAUUUGGCCAGUGAGAUGCCCCUGUGUGGCGGACUUUCUCCUUUCCUGAUGUGAUCCAACAGGGGGCGCCAUUUCCCCACUAGUCACCACAGACCAGAUUCAGCAAUAACAACCAGUCAAUCAGUCCAGCAGACUCAGACACAUGGACACACACACACACACAACACACACACACACACACACACACACACACACACACACACACACACACACACACACACACACACACUCUCUCUCUCUCUCCCUCUCUCUGAUCUACCCACAGAGACCCAUCUGGCUUUGAUUGCGAUUGCGAUUGCAAUUACGGCUUGAGUUGUAAGCCUUUCGAGACUAAUGCUGAGGGCAUGUUCGAGAAUGUCAGGCUUGGAGCAACCAGGAGUAUCACCCAACAGGUUGAACAGCUGGAAUAGACCUUUUUGGCCCCCCUGGUUGGGUUCUUUGUUCUGACGGACCUAAGUGCGUAUUUAUAUUCCAGCACAAAUCAGAACUUUAUGUGGUACUAUAACAA